GUGGAGUUAUAACGCCGAGUCUUAAUAAAGGUGGCAGGCAGCGCGAAAGAAAGCUUAUAUUUCGUAGUGGGAUAAUUGAUUUCAUUGGUAAAUUUUAGUCCUGUUACAGUGUCUGAAAAAGGGUUGAAAAUGAAUACUCCAUGUGUGGAACUGUAUACGGGUGCAGCUAUGCCUUUACUUGGCUUGGGAACUUGGCAGUCUCAGCCAGGUCAGGUGCAGCAAGCUGUGGAGGUGGCCAUAGACAACGGAUAUCGACACAUUGACUGUGCUUACAUAUACGCCAAUGAAAAGGAAGUUGGAGCUGGGAUCGAAUCCAGAAUUAAAAAAGGAGUGGUGAAAAGGGAAGACCUUUUUAUUGUUAGCAAGCUGUGGAAUCAUUUCCAUGAUGAAGAUGAAGUUAAGCCAUCUCUUAUGAAGUCCUUGGCGAAUCUGAACCUGAGCUGUCUAGAUCUUUACCUCAUACAUUCUCCAAUGGGUACCAAGAUGCCUAAAGACCCGUCGUCUCAAGAAGUGGAGUUCUCCGAUGUGGAUUAUGUAUGUACUUGGAAGGCAAUGGAAAAGCUUGUGGAUGAAGGCCUGGUGAAAGCUAUUGGUGUGUCUAACUUCAAUGUGUCCCAACUGGAGAGACUACUGUCUUCAUGCAGAAUUAAGCCAGCAGUCAACCAGGUGGAACUGCAUCCUUACCUGACGCAGGCUAAGCUAGUGCAGUACUGCAAGUCCAAGGGAAUUAUCCUGACAGCAUUCAGUCCAUUGGGCUCUCCAAGCAGUCCCUUGAAACCAGCGGCACAAAAGAACAUUCUUGAAGAUCCUGUGAUAAAUGAGAUUGGGAAGAAAUAUGGCAAGACAAAUGCACAAGUGCUGCUUCGUUACCAUGUGCAGAGAUGUGUUACAGUAAUUCCAAAAAGUGUCUCUCCAGCGAGAAUUAUUCAGAAUGCACAGAUUUUUGACUUCAGUCUGUCAGAAAAUGAAAUGGAAACUUUGGAAGGACUGAACAAAAACUGGAGAACUGGCUCAUGGGACUUUGCAGGGUUACCCAACCACAAGUUUUACCCAUUUAAGGAAGAUUGAAUUUUUAUGCUGUCAUGGACUAAAAGUACAUACAGAGGUUAAAACUCCUGAAGACAUCAGUGGAGAUCUGGAAAGUUGUAAGGGAAUUUCUUUGAAAAAGCUACGAGACAUCUGCUCCUUAUCAAACCAUGAGCAACAUUUUCCUGCAGAAUUAAGCUUCUAAAUUUCACUGAAUUUUAAUCCUAGUAACCAGUAUCUGUUUUGAAGCAUAUCUGUCAAUAGUACUUAAGCAUGUCUGUUUUUCAGUAAAAUUACCAGUAAUAAAAUGCAUCUGAUCAGA